UCUGUGGGGUUACGUAACCAUUGGGUACUUUGUAUAGAAGAGUUGUGAGGUCCAAACCCUGCCCCUUCCGCAGCCAACCAUUCGAGAAAGUGCUCCUAGUGUGUUAACAUUACAUUGCGUUACAUUAAUCCUUGGAGAUCGCAUUGUUUUCAGUGCGUCACGUGUUCCGAUCGUCCAUCGACUGGUCACGUGUUCAAUUAUUGGUCACGCUGAGUAAGAUCAGUGACAAAAACACGUGGUUUGGUGAGACCUCUCCAGGCUGAGGUCAUAUUUCAGGGUGUGCAGGGUUAAAUUCAGCCUUGCCGUUUUAUUGGCCCAGUGGGUAACCCACACCUGCUGUAGUAAUCACAUCUGUUACCAUAGUAACAGAUGAUGUCCGACUACAGCAGUUGGCAUGGAUUAUCCUUGCCAGCAGCAGUAUGAAGAUGCCAGAAGCAGCAUGGCAUGCAUGUGGAGCUUGGCGGAGGCCCAGCAGAAACUGAACAGUUUGGCGCUUCAUAAUUCAGAAUCUUUAGAUCAAGAACAUGCCAAGGCUCGAGCUGAGUUGUCUGAACUGCAGCGUAGCGAGGAAGAAUGGAGAAGGAAAGAGGCAGCUUUGCCACUGGGUGAGAACUGGGGAAUGUCUUCUGCGGAUGCCUUUAGUCAAGAUGUUUUUAAUAAGAGCUUUAUCAAUCAGGUUAAACAUCAAGAGGAUAAAAAUGAGACCUUUUCUUUCAUACAGAAAUAUGAAGCAAAGAUUCGACAUUUUGGAAUGCUAAGCAGAUGGAAUGACAGCCAGUGUUUCCUGUCUGAAUAUCCUGACCUUGUUUGUGAAGAAACUGCCAAAUACCUACUACUGUGGUGUUACCAUCUAGAAAGUGAGCAGAAGGCAGCACUUAUGGAACAAGUAGCUCAUCAAGCAGUUGUCAUGCAGUUUAUUAUUGAAAUGGCCAAGAACUGUAAUGUGGAUCCUAGAGGAUGUUUUCGACUGUUUUUCCAAAAGGCCAAAGCAGAGGAACAAGGGUAUUUUGAAGCUUUUAAAAAUGAACUUGAAGCGUUCAAAUCUAGAGUUCGCAUACACUCAGAAUCUCAGAGAUGUUUAGCAGCAACGGAUCAGAAUGUAUCUUUUAAAUCAGACUUUGAAAAUAUGAAAGUACAAUGUUUUAGCCACCAGGAUAUUCCAUCAUCUCUAAAUACUGAUAUGGACCACGCCAACCUUAUGGAGCACAUAGGGUUAGAAGACACAAAGAUGAUGGAUCUGCUAUAAAUUCUUCCUCAGCCAAGGUUGCUACAUGAAGUAGUGUAGCUAUGUUCUUAUCAGUGACAAUUACACAAUGCUGCACUUUAUUUAUUGACUUUUCAUUUUCCUUCCAAUGGGUGAAGUCCCGAGAACAGUUUGUGGUGUCUUUCAGCGUGAACAUAUUGCUGCUAUUUUACCAUGUCAUAAAGAAGAAUGGAACUGACUGCAGUGCUUCUGCCAAUUGCUGUUUUACCUUCAAACGCCAUGGAUUUUAUGAGGACAAGUAUUAAAAUAAUAAAUAAAGAGAUGAUGAGCUAUUUACAGUA